CCGUAAUUCGAGGUCGUAGAAUCCAUAGAAAUGCAAUAAACCUAUCAAGCCCUUCAAAAAUGCUCUGUUUUGGCCAGUUUGAUGCGUUCUACCAUAUCUGUUUGGCUGCCCGGCCAUUGUUUUACUUGCCCGGCCUUUGUCGUUCUUACCUGUGCUGUCAAAUGCAAUGCCAAGACGACUUGGUGGUUUUCCUCCCACAGUGGCUGGGUGGGCAAUGUGGGUCCUACUGUUUGACGUCACGUUUGGAGCAUCCGCGCAUCCCAUCGAUAAGCAACAUGUGCGACCGAGACCAUGGCUGACAUGGGCGAGACGGAACUCGCGAGCGCAAGUACCAUUGUAGGUGCGGCACCUCCGGACACGGCAGCCCAACGUCAACCGGCAUCGCAGCAGCAGCAGCAGCAGCAACAGCAACAACAGCAGCCUCCGCAGCAACCACGGCCGCCCGAAGCCAAAGACACGCCAGAGCCCAUCUUCCCGCCGCUGCAUAAUAAUGCUGCCACGGAUGCCGACUCGAUUGCGUCGGGCGCCUCGGCUCCCUCGCGUGCCGGCGGCGGGGGUGUAGGGGAUGACAAUGACGAGGACGAACCGGCUGUCGCGCGGCCCUUUCACCGCAGUUCGAGCCCUGAUCCGGCGUCACGCCCCGGCCUGGGCAGAACCGUCGAGGACGAUGAAGAUGACGAUGGGGGCUUGCGCACUGGCGUCGCCGACGGAACGGGAGGGCCACGGCCGCGUCUCAAGUUGAAGCAGCAAAUGCACCGGUACAGCCUGUAUGAGACAGCGAGUCGCUUCUACAUUGUCGGCGGCGAUGUAACCGAGAAGCGCUACCGCAUCCUCAAAAUCGACCGCACCAACGAGGACGCCUCGGAGCUGAGCAUGACCGACGACAAGACCGUCUACACACAGAAGGACAUGAAUCAACUGCUCGACACCAUCGACGACGGCAACAAGGGGACCGGCGGACUGAGGCUGCGCUGCACAACCUGGGGUCUGCUGGGGUUCAUCAAGUUCACAGGUCCCUAUUACAUGCUGCUGAUCACCAAGAAAAGUACCGUCGCUAUGAUCGGCGGCCACUACAUCUACCAGAUCGACGGCACCGACCUCAUUCCCCUGACAUCGCCCAGCUUCAAGAUGGACCAGCGCAACACCGAGGAGUCGCGCUUCCUGGGGAUCCUCAACAAUCUGGACCUGACGCGUUCCUUCUACUACAGCUACUCCUACGACAUCACGCGAACCCUGCAGCACAAUAUCACCCGGGAGAGGACGGCCCUUCUCAACGGCCUUCCGUGCUCCGCAGAUGACGACCUCAACUCCAUGUUCGUUUGGAACAACCACUUGCUUCAGCCAGCCGCCAAAGUCCUCAAUGCGCCUUUUGACUGGUGCCGGCCGAUUAUCCACGGCUAUAUCGACCAGGCUGCUGUGUCUGUCUACGGGAGGACAGCCCACAUCACGAUCAUUGCUCGGAGAAGCAGAUUCUUUGCGGGCGCCAGGUUCCUGAAGCGAGGAGCCAACGACCUGGGGUACGUGGCCAACGAUGUCGAGACGGAGCAGAUCGUUUCAGAAGCCAUGACGACCUCGUUCCAUGCGCCGGGUCCCAAGUUCUUUGCGAACCCUACGUACACCUCAUACGUGCAGCAUCGCGGCUCCAUACCGCUCUACUGGACGCAGGACAACACGGGUGUCACGCCAAAGCCGCCGAUAGAGUUGAACCUGGUAGACCCUUUCUACACCGCAGCAGCCCUGCAUUUCGACAAUCUCUUUGAGCGCUACGGUGCUCCCAUCUAUGUGCUGAACCUGAUCAAGGCUCGUGAGCGGACGCCGCGCGAGAGCAAGUUGCUGGAAGAGUACACGCGCGCGAUCGCCUACCUCAAUCAGUUUCUACCCGCCGAUAAGAAGAUCAUCUACCGUGCCUGGGACAUGUCGCGCGCUGCCAAAAGCCGCGACCAGGACGUGAUUGGCACGCUCGAGGCCAUCGCCGAGGAAGUGGUCAAGGCAACGGACUUUUUCCAGAACGGUGACGGUCAUACAGAUCCGAUUCGGGUGCAGAACGGCGUGGCACGUACGAACUGCAUCGACUGCCUGGACCGGACCAACGCAGCUCAGUUUGUCAUUGGGAAGCGAGCGCUGGGCCACCAACUCCAUGCCCUCGGCAUCUUGGGCGACACUACGAUUGAGUACGAUACAGAUGCUGUGAAUCUGUUCACCCACAUGUACCACGACCACGGCGACACCAUCGCCGUGCAGUAUGGCGGGUCGCAGCUGGUCAACACGAUGGAGACAUACCGGAAGAUCAACCAGUGGACCAGCCAUUCGCGAGACAUGAUAGAGAGUUUCAAGCGCUACUACAACAACUCGUUCCUGGAUGGCCAGCGCCAGGAAGCCUACAACUUGUUCUUGGGGAACUACAUAUUCGCGCAGGGACAGCCUAUGCUGUGGGAUCUGGCCACGGACUACUACCUUCAUCACGAGGACCCCCGGACAUGGCUGGAGAAGCGGAAGCGUGACUACAUCAACUGGUACACGCCACAGUUUCUAGAAAAGCGCCUGCUCCCGCCGUACCCCCAAAUCAAGCAAGCCACAGCCCGAAAGCCCAUCUCAGCCUAUGACGACUACUGGCUGGAAUACUACCGCCCUUCCACCCUCUCCUCCUUCCCCAAGAUGUUCCCCUACAAGAUGAAUUCCACCAUCAAGUACAUUCCCCUCAAGGCGACCCAGGACGGCCGGUACGACCUCAGCCCGUUUCGGGUGCGCAACGAGGCCGACGGCGAUGCCCACGAGCGGAAGAAGGCCAAGAAGGAAGUGACUAUAGUGGCCCCCCACGACUUCUCUCGGGUUGCCGACGAUACCGAGAAGCCUAUGACUCCUACUACACCUACAGUCAACGGUAACGGUGGCCGCCUGUCACUCCACCGCUGGCUGCACGAGAAACAUCACCCCCACAGUCCCUAUGCACACCACCAUCGCCACUCCAGCCUCGAAAAGGAUUCCUCAUCCCCAUUCAGUCACGACCACAACCAUAACAACAACAGCGCAGAUGAAGUUGCCACAGCCUCCCCACGCCACAGCCCUGGUUAUCACCGUAGCAGUAGCAACCCGCACCAUCAUCAAGCACAACAACAUCCGCAAUCCCGCACCGGCAACGGGAGCGGAACCCCGACCACGACACCCAGUGAAAGGCCGCACCACCACCAGACCGCCCUCGAAAAGUCGCGCGCCGCCCAGUGGACCUUCACCCAGGUGGUGCACGACAGCCUCAACCCGUCCGUGACACCCGCCGAGGCCGCCGACUACGCGCGCUACGUGGCACACCCGUACAACCUGCCGCUGGUCGUGUCAUCGGAGCUCCUCCCCUCCGAGGCGGAGGAGAUCGAACCGGAGUAUGUCCAGUAUGUGGCCGGGAGUUGGCGGGACGAGGGGUUGGGUAGCCUUCCCAACUACGACGGUACCAACAACAGGGCGAAUGGUUGGGCCGGGACUGGAGGUGGUGCAGGUCAGGGGAACGAGGAGAGAGAGAACGGGGAGGAGGCGUUGUCGGGAGACAUGGCGCUGUAUUUCGAGACGGUGCAAGUGCCGGAGAACCCGCUGACGGUCACGGAGGACGACGCGCUCAAGAAGCGGUACAAGGCGUAUCGCAAGUGGCUGAGGGGCAAGAGCUUGUUUAAGCAGCAGCCGGUGGACUAGGAGAUGCCGCCGACGCUGUCUGCUGCUGCUGCUGUGCUGUUAGGGUCUGGGAGCCGCGCUGGUCGCCAUGGUGGUGAUGAACGGGCUUCGUGGGGUGGCGAGUCCAUUAUCACAAUGCCGGAGCAAAGCCCAGUCAGACCUCAAGAUACAACUGACAACGGAAAUGGGGAGUUCAGUUGGAGGGAGAGAAGAGCCCACCCAGACGAGGCUCUUUCUCCACUAGGGGCGCGACGUGCACCGAGAGAUCGAUCGCCCCCUCGGCUGUCUUUAGCACGGUGGAUAAGGCUU